AUGGAAGUAGUGAACAUUCCUAUCAGCUGUGAGAAAAUGGAAGGUGUGAACAUUCCUAUCAGCUGUGAGAAAAUGGAAGUUGUGAACAUUCCUAUCAGCUGUGAGAAAAUGGAAGUUGUGAACAUUCCUAUCAGUUGUGAGAAAAUGGAAGAUGUGAACAUUCCUAUCAACUGUGAGAAAAUGGAAGUUGUGAACAUCCCUAUCCGUCUGGCGACUACGUUCUUUGUUUACUUCACAACGAGACCUCAGAAAAGUCUUUCAUGUCAUAAUUUCUGCUUUGUAAUGGAUGAGCAGUGGGAUUAUUUCGUCUGUGAUUCAUCGUUAUGCACGUCGCUCCUUCUGUCAAGUCAUGGCGCUGCUUUAGUAAGUGCCACCGUCCAAACUGUCACGUCUACUAGUGCUGCUUUUGUAAGUGCCACCGUCCCAACUGUCACGUCUACUAGUGCUGCUUUAGUAAGUGUCACCGUCCCAACUGUCACGUCUACUAGUGCUGCUUUAGUAAGUGUCACCGUCCCAACUGUCACGUCUACUAGUGCUGCUUUAGUAAGUGCCACCGUCCCAACUGUCACGUCUACUAGUGCUGCUUUAGUAAGUGCCACCGUCCCAACUGUCACGUCUACUAGUGCUGCUUUAGUAAGUGCCACCGUCCCAACUGUCACGUCUACUAGUGCUGCUUUAGUAAGUGCCACCGUCCCAACUGUCACGUCUACUUGUGCUGCUUUUGUAAGUGUCACCGUCCCAACUGUCACAUCUACUAGUGCUGCUUUAGUAAGUGCCACCGUCCCAACUGUCACGUCUACUAGUGCUGCUUUAGUAAGUGCCACCGUCCCAACUGUCACGUCUACUAGUGCUGCUUUAGUAAGUGCCACCGUCCCAACUGUCACGUCUACUUGUGCUGCUUUUGUAAGUGUCACCGUCCCAACUGUCACAUCUACUAGUGCUGCUUUUGUAAGUGCCACCGUCCCAACUGUCACGUCUACUAGUGCUGCUUUUGUAAGUGUCACCGUCCCAACUGUCACGUCUACUAGUGCUGCUUUUGUAAGUGUCACCGUCCUGUCGCGUCUACUAGUGCUGCUUUUGUAA